AACCAGGUGCUGAUCAGUCAACUUAUAAAACUAGUCCAUAGUAUAAGACAAACAUAUUUUUCGUUACAUUUUCUCAUAACUAGUAUUCAAUUCAUUAAACGAAAAAAUAAUUAUAUUUUUUAAAACUAUUUCUCAAAUAAUAAGCAAAAAGUUUUUGUCUCAAAAUCAUGAGUCGUUUUGUGUGCAUAAGUCUACUCGCGAUGGUUGUCCUCAUCAAUGUUGUUAACGCUCACUACGCACCGGGACUCGUGAUCAGUAGCCGUAUCAGUCCCCUACUGUCCACAUACGAGGGUCAUUUAGGUCGUUACCGGCAUAACCAUCAUCAUCGGCACCGGUAUCACCAGUUGGAGCACGAGUUCCGCCGUAUCCGAGAGUUGGAAAGAGAGCUCCUGGAGAUUGAGGCCUCGGGGGUAGGCCUACUCGAGCCGGACUACUAUUUUGAUGUGGAAAGGCGUCUGGAAAGGCAUGAGCUGAGAUUGGCUGAGAUAUUGGACUGAGCGCACCGGUAGUGGAUAAGGUUAUACGCGUUAUUCAAGGGACAACCGUUUUUAUGUUAGCUAUGUGAUUAUUUAUUAUGCUUUUUAAUGCGUUUUAUUGUAUUUCUACUUAUUUAUCAUUUAUUUUAUGACAAAUUAUUUAAUUUUUUCAAACUAGCAC